GUUGAAUUGGAAAAAGACAAGACAAAAACAAGCUGAACACAGAUGCUAGUUGAAGGAAAUACUCAGAAGAACCAAAAUGAGGAGGCAGGAAAACCAACCACCAAGGCCAACAGCAGGCUGCCUUUCUGUGCCAAUCUUCAAUCAGAGGAAUAAAAACAGACUUCCAUUGACAUCUAUACCCUCCGAGAAUGAAUUCUUCUCCCACAGUGAAUACAUGCUAGGGGACGGCUCAGCAUCAUAUAGCAAUACAUCGGGUACCUAUGGAUGGCACCAAACCUGUGGUAGUUGUGAUCCUCAAAUCCACCAGUGGGGCCCACAAAGUAACCCACAGUUUUAUCAGCCACAACACUACAGCAGCGACAGACCUGCUCCUGGACCUGCUCCAACAGUGAGAGCUUAUGCACCGGUACCACAUCCAUACAAAGCUGGGAACACAAGUUUGAAAGUGGGACCACAGGUUUCCUGGUCCAACCAGAACAUCUAUGAAGUUCCAUGCAGCAGUGACAGUGUGCGGAGCAAGAGAACACCUGACAUAGAGUUCUCUGACAGGGGGCAGCUGUCCCCUUACAGACCAGCCAAUCCCACGCAUCAGUAUUCUCAGCAGUGGAAACCUGUGAGCCCUCCUAAGCCACAUCCCAGCAGGCCUCCUGCUCCUGCAACAGCUCCACAAAACUCCUGGAAAUUUACCAACAGCUUUGAGCCACAAACUCCCCCCUGUCAGGGAAAGAAAAGAACAAAUCACACUCAGAAUGCACCCCAGACUCAACCUCAGCAGACACAGUCCAAAAUUUCCAGAAAGCCGGCUGUUGAAAACUCUCUGAGAAUCUUGACUGCAGUUAUUGAUGGCAUGAGACACUGGAGCCAAUUUAAAGACAAAGUCCCAUAUCUGUUUGAGAUCUUUGCUACUCUAGACUCUGCAGUCACGUUGGGUCCCCACGGAUCCAAGAGCUUCCUCAUGAGAGACGGGAAGGAGGCUGUACAGUGCAUCUUCUAUGAAAAUGAACAGGAACUGCCCCGCCUGAUCCGUGGCCAGGUUCACCGCUGUGUUGGUAACUAUGACCGGCGUAGAGACGUACUGAUGUGUGUGUCCGUCAGGCCCGGCCUGCCAUCAGAGCUGAGGAACGCCCAGGAGGCUGUUAAAGCGUGCGAUGUAGAAAUGAGGGCAGUGGUCAAACUCCUCAACGAAGUCUAACUGGAGCGGCGCAAGAUUGUUCAUAGCCUCGAAG